AUGGCCUCUUUCCUUCCAAACGAUUGUCUCACUGACAUUUUCGAGAUUUUGAGCGAGGACAAAAUAACGUUAUACUCUUGUUUGCUCGUUAAUAGACAGUGGUGUAACAGCGUCGUGCCCUUUCUAUGGAGAAAACCAUUUGACUUGUUAAAAUAUUUAACUUACAAUAAGCUUUCCACUCGACACCCCAAAUUGAUACAUUCAUAUGUCGCUUGUCUUUCCGAAGAAGAACGGGAGAUGCUCAUCAGAAGUGGAAUAAAGAUACCCACUGAUUUUCCGCCAACAGCUUUCAACUAUAGUGCAUUUCUUCGCCAUCUCGAUAUCUCGGAACUAUAUCAUGCCACGUCGUUAUGGUGUAUGUAUAUUGAUUGUAUUUAUCCAGUAACGGGUGACAAUGACGAAAAAGUUUAUAAUAAUUCUUCGACUCGAUAUUCAGAAUGUGUUGGAUGUUACACUGCAAUGCGUAUUAAACUGGCUAGACGAGGACCAGAGAAGCGGCGACAACGACAAGUUGAGCAGGAGGAAAGAAAUUUCGAUCUAACCGAAUUAAUGCUAAAUCAAGCACAACCUCCUCCGACCGGAAAAGUUUAUCUUGUUUGGCAAUCUCUCUGUAAAAUGUUUAUGAGACGAUGUCUGAUCCUCAAAUAUCUAUGCAUCACGUCACCAUAUCGACAACCCGACGAUUAUUAUAUGGUUUCCGCAUAUCCUGGCGCUGUGAAAUGUCUGUCGCAUCUGCAAUAUUUCGAAUGCGGUGGGCGGUUCUCAAAAUCCCAGGUGCUCGAAACUAUUUCAAAAGCGUGUAGAAAUCUACAGACGAUUAAAUAUUAUAUGUAUCCUAAAGAGAACAAUCAAAUGACUAUGAAUGAAGUAAAUAGUUUAAUAGAAUUGAUUCAAGUACAAAGUUCUCUCACCGAAUUUAUUAUUAUUCGAGGUGGAACACGACUUGGAAACAUUAUAAUGACAUUAGGGAGUAGUCAAGCAACAUCCUUGAAAAGAUUGGAAUUUGUACGAUGUGAUUUUGAACAUUUUAAUUGGCUCAAAGAAUUAUCAGGUUUCAUCAAUUUGAAAGAACUUGUUUUUGAUGGUUGCAGAAAUCUAUCUAAUAAUUUAAUCAGUACCUCAGAUACAUCUUCUUUUCCCCAGUUGACUUUGCUAAGUAGUUUGAAUGGGAUUCUAAGUGCUGACGUGUGGAACGCGUUAAUAGGGCGUUCAGGAAGUAGUUUACAAAUAUUGGAUACUGGUCGAGGUAUGUCAAGUGGAUUGUGGCAAGAUCAUAUGAGUGUAUUAGAAACUAUCGGCAUGCAUUGUCCAAAUAUUACUCAUUUUACGUCGUACACAUUUGUCGGGGUGACACCAAAACUUUUUGAAACAAUAAGUGGAUUUCAUCAACUUGAGGAGCUAACUAUCGCACUUGAUCGAUUCUCGGAAUAUGAAGGUCGGGGAUUAUGUGUUAAUAAAUUCUUGACAUUAUUGGCUGUACAUCUCGCACCAACUGUCAGGUUCUUGCACGUAGUCACGAAAAAGCCAUGUAAUGUUGAUUCAUUGAGAGCCUUCGUGAGACAAUUUCGGGGCAAUUUCAAAUUUUUUGGAAUGAAAGAAUUAUGGGAUGUAGAUGUUGGCACGUAUGCCGGAAUCUUCAGAGAAUUAAACAGUGUACUACUGCCUUUAGACAUGUAUUCUUCGCGCAUCCGAGAGAUCAAGACACCUGGUAUAUUCCUUUGUCGGUGA